AUGUUGUUGCCUAGCAUUGGCUGCCUCGACUGGUUGCCUUGCGACUUCGGGGAUCCACCCGAGUUACUUAGCACCAACGCGCUCGCCAUCUGCAACAUCGAUAUCGAUGACUUUGUCCCUGCGCCUGUGAUAUGUCCACGCCGAGUCAACGAUACGGAAUAUGUUUGGCAUCCUCAACCAACGUCGGCUGAGGUCGGUAAAAUUAACACGUACGUGGGUGGCUAUGGUGCGCUGCAAUCCGUUGCUUUGUCGGCUGUGAUUAGAACUGAAUCCAGCAAUAAUCUCGUAUGGCUGGAAUCCGAGGAAUCGGGCGUGGUACUGCAUUUCGGCAUUUCAAUAGACGAAUUGGUUGCCAUUACUGAAAACCGUUUGAUAUUCAUCUGUGGACCGCGAGACUUGGUGUUGAGUGAUACGCUGCAACGUGAGCUGUAUCGCCUCGACGGCUUCCCCCAUAUGCAAGCGAUGUCAUGGACUCCAACAACGCCGCUGACUGAGGAGAUAGACAAGAUUGGGAAUGGGCUUGGUGUGGUGCUCGUCCAAAGAGGACGUGAGAAUCUGCCGCUUCAAGGUUGUGGCAGCCGUGACUCGCCACUGUUUGCUGCGGGCAAUGAAGUGACUGUAGACCCCGUAACCGGAACACGUUCAUGCGUGGUGGAUCCCAUGUCCAGGUUGCCCAUAGGGUUUGUUUGCGAAGGUAAUGUUGAACCCAGCGAUUGCAUGAGAUUGCUGUUAAACGAGGAUGGCGACGUUGUAAUUGCCCCAGAGCCACAUGCGCAUUGGAAUUUCAAGUACAAUAGACCAUGGGUGGUAGUUCAAUAUUUUAACAACCUAGCAUUGCCACCAUUCAGUGGUGAAUGUAAGUGCAUUGAUUCCGAAACAGAUCAAGUGAAAGCCAGAAUAGAGAUACGUCCGAAAACCGAAUAUGAAUGUGACAUAGCAAGUAUGAUAUUCCGCAAUCGGGUGCGACCAAUCAGCGGGCCUUGGUGUUCGGUGGUGCUUGAUCCGGGCAGCACCUUGACGAUACGGUUACCAGAAACGCUAGUGAAUACAUUUUAUAUUGAACAAAACGAGGAAGACAACGACGAAGAUAUAGAAGAGGAUGUCAUUACUGUCCCAUUCUCCCAACAGCCAUCUGUCUAUGAAUACGAAACUGAGUUUCUGCCUAACGACUUGAUCAUGCUGCGUCAAAUGAAAUCAAUUCGUCGUACUGAUCUUAACGACGAAAUCCCGUAUCACCAAGCCCUUGCUGGUGACGCCAUCGAACUGGAUGUUUCACAAAUAUCCCGGGGUGAGGUGAAGCUGAAGUACCGUAUGGACAGGCCCCUCGCAUUGAAAAGCGGCACGAAUUCAUUUUUUUAUCAUUGGAGUUUGAUAUCAAGAAACCAUAAUGUGCUAGAAAAAACACGAGCAAUUGUCAAUGUCUCCUUUGCGUUUACUCAUUACUACAAUAUCGUCGCUUGCGACCGAAAGCGAGAACCGGUGUUCGACCGCGAGAUUAGCAAGCAACAUUGCGUAACAAAAUCGGUGGGAAAUGGGAUAGGUGAAACGUAUCAGUGCACGUUCAAUGAAACUUCGCAUAUUUUGUGGGCGGGUAUUAACUGUGCUGCCGAGGAAGAGUUAUUGCCCGAUAAUUGUGGAUAUGCAGGUUACGAUUUACGCUCCAAUAACAUCAUGCCGUUGCCCAGCACGGUGUUCAAGGCGACUGCAUACCCUAUCCCAGGAUUUCAAUUAUUCGACAUGUGGUUCCAACACGGAUCUUUCACUUAUGCCUGCAUCUGUGUCGAUCAGCGUGGAUACGAAACUUCCAGGCUUAUUUUAGAGUUCAGCCAGGAAGAGCAUAAGGAAUUUACAGUACUUCUUAGAACGGGGUUCAAUAGGCUCCUUCCAUACCAAUGGCUGCCUUGGCACAACGUAAAAUUGUUACUUGACGGACCCACAUCGAACAGAUCGAUUGUGAUGCAGCACACAUCCAAACAUGUCAUUGAACUACAAGUAGGCACAACGUUGUCAUUGCAUUGUGGAGUUGGCCCUGAGUUGAGGGGCUUUGGAAGAAUUGGAAAUAUCACAACGACAUGGCUGCCAGAGCAACUGGAUGAGUUCCAUUAUACUGUCGUCCACACAUCACUUGGGCGUACACUUACUAGAAAAUCGCACAAAGAUUCAGUAGUUCCAACGUCCGGCGGCCUGGAAGUCAGACGCAAAACGACUGAGAUGAGACCUGCAUAUAAACAACUGAUGUUAAAGUUGCCUAUGGGCGCCAUAGUAAUAUCAAAAGACCCAUUUCACAAGAAAUAUGUGCCGAUGAGAUUUGUAUGCGGCAAGACGCCCACAACAUCGGAUUUGUCUACAGCCACCGGUAACCCAUCUACCAAUUCCAACAUCACAGAAUCAUCGGGGAAAUACACUUGGCACCUCGUUAAGAUAAAAUUGGAAACCACUGACCCCUAUAUGCAGGGUUGCGGUGUUACCUACGAAACAGAUGAGCUGUUCAAACGUGAUACACCCAAAAUCUACGAUGAGAACGAACAAGAAAUCGGAUGCAUGAUAGACCUCCAAGCUGCUAAGGAAGCGGCGUUUUACUGCCCAGGUCCUUAUCUCUUGGACCCACCCAACUGCUUCAACAAAGUUUACGUUGAAGAUGAAGUGAAGCACCUGGGUGACGUUAGCCAGUCAUUGGUAGCGUCACAUUCCAACCACUUCGUCGUUAUAAAGUUCGACAGCGAGCUCGUAGGGCGGGGGGAAACGCUGCGCCAAACGCCGCCGUUGGGGUGCCGCUGCGUGACCACCAAGGGUAUCGUUCUCUCCACCAUCCGGAUUAAGAACUACUACGCCUAG